AUGUUUUUGCCUCAGGAAGUCAUUGACAACAUCGUGUUCUCGCUUCUCACCCCCGUGUACCAGUCCGAGAACCGGGCGGCUAGCACGCAAUGGAUUGAUGGGCGUGUGUUUAAAACCAACACCUGCAGAGAUAAGCUUGGCAUUGGCCAUCGUAUGGCCUUCGACCUCGAGACCGUCUGCAAUAUACGCCUAGUAUCUCUUGCAUGGUACUGUAGCGCCACGAAGCUUCUUGAGAAACACAAUUCAUGGCAUGUAGAUCUUGACUCGGAGUAUUCGCUUGCUAAGACAAGGCAGCUAUGCACAGAUGAGAUGGGGAUUGGAAGACUGCUCCCAACCCGCAAUAUUGUCAGGAGAUUGAAGAUACCGGUAAUCAUGACGAGUAUGGCACCAAAACUGAUCCAGUAUGAAAGGAUAGUUGGGCGGCCAACCGAGGAGCAGUUGUUGCAAUGGCCCAAGGACAGCGUGGCUGCGUACCGACGUUUCAGGCUCGCCUGCGUUUCCGAUGUGAACGGGGAAGAGGCUCGGGAACGAUCAACAGCUAUGACGGUGGUGUAUACUGCACUCCAUGGCUUGUUGAAAAAAGCUUCCUGGAUUUGGGAUGAUCGUGGCGCAGAGUCACACAUUUUCAAUGUGAUCCAAGGACUUUUGCCGGAAAUUGAGUACGCAUUCCAGACAGAGGCGUUCACUUAUUUGCAGGAUCUCCGCGUUUCUCUCCUUGGAACAUAUAAUGUCAGAGGCUACCUUUUUGGCAUGAGUCAAGUGGCGCGGGAUAGGCUCAAAAACCUAUUCAUAGGCAUCACAGACGCUAUGGGAGCUGCCGGAUGCCAUGAAUAUAUUUCGAAAUCUCGGGGGGAAACAGAAGACUUGGAUGGGACAGUUUAUGAAUCGAGAGAGACGGUGGUGAAAACUCCACCAAGCCACCUGCAGCUGUACAAGCCGAAUAGGCGAUACCAAGACAAUCUAUGGGAAUUCAUUUCUUCAUGCCACAAUCUUACGUCCUUGGGCGUCAAGGCAACUCAUUACUUGGACCUGCGGAACCUCACACGGAAAGGCUACGCUCGGCUCAAUGGCCUGAGCGAACUCUAUCUUUCUCGUGUUUACGUGGAUGAAAAAUCCAUAUUAAGGCUCUUACUGUCCGAGAAAUGGGAUAAGACGACACCAGCGAGUCUACAAAACCUCACUCUGGAAGUUGUGAAGAUGCAUGUUGACGGUGGUACUUGGUGUCAAGUGAUGCAAGUUCUUUGGGAUCAUUGUACCAACCUCAACUAUUUGUCGCUGUCGAUGCUCUCCUACUUUUUGAGUCAUCCGAGAGCCUGGAGUCUCGAUGAAAGGUACUAUGGGUCUGAAGAAAUCAUCGCAACGAGGAGUGAGGAGGACAUUGACUCGGUCCGCAGGAUUGUGGAUCGGUUUCUAGAGAGGGAGGGAGGCAUAUUAAACUGCCCAGAGGUUUAUUAUUCUAUGGCAAUUGGCCUGGGAUACGAUAAAUUAGACUGUAAAUGGAGGGAAGGACGCAAAGGACGCGGCUGA